AUUUCGUUGCCUGCCGGUUGAGGAGAGUAGUAACCUACAUAAUGAAGUUCAAGCCGAACCAGACCAGAACUUAUGAUGGCGAGGGCUUCAAGAAACGAGCGGCAUGCUUGUGCUUCAAGAACGACCGUGAAGAAGAGGUGUUGCUGGUGAGCAGCAGUCGGCAUCCGGACCAGUGGAUCGUCCCAGGUGGAGGGAUGGAGCCGGAGGAGGAGCCCUGUGGCGCAGCGGUCAGAGAGGUGUUUGAAGAGGCAGGAGUGAAAGGCAAGUUGGGACGUCUCCUAGGUGUUUUGAGGUAA